UUUAAAAAAUACAUAAAAAGAUUAAGAGAACUAUCGUUAAACGAACCUUAUAUUAUAUUAAAUGACGAUAUAACACCAAUUCUAAAACAUUAUAUGCGGCUUCUUGAACAAAUAAAAUUUGAAGAUGGAUCGUAUCAUACUUACUAUGGUGAAUUAAAAACAAUCCUUAAUAGCUUUACCGACCUCUGGAUUGAAGAAAUGGAUAAAGCAAUAAAAGAAGCAGACAGAUGUAGCCACGUUAUAAGUAAGGAAGAAUUACUGCAAAUGAUGAAGAAAACGAUAUUUAUUCAUCAAGAAGGGCAAGCGGAUUUUCAACAACAAUUUCUUCCAAUUGAAACUCCGCUCGAGGAAGAAAUAUACAAUAAUCUACAUGACAAAUAUGAAGAUUUCAUGAAACGACUUUUUAUGUUAAAAGAAAAGCUCAAUGGGCUCGAAAAGCAAAAUAAGAUAGAAGAAUUUGCAAAAGAACAUUUUCCGAUUUCUUUAAAGAAAAAAAAUGAUAUACUUGUUUUUACGAACGAUUGUAUAGCAAAUGGACUUAGCUCAGUUGAGAUUUCGAAUCACCUUCGGAACAACGUGCGUGCUAUGCGAGAGAUAUCUGAAGUAAAUAUUUCCCAUUUGUUAAUCCGGCUUUACGAGAAGAAUAAAGAACAUCUGAUGCUGUCCCGACAGGACGUAAGGUCAUCGGUGGAACUUGCUGAAGUUCAACGCAGUAUGGCCAUAAUAAAAGACAAAAUCCAAGAUUCCAAGCUCAUACCGAUACAACGUCUGCAAGAGGAAUUUAAUUAUUGGGAAUCGAAAAUGCAUGAAUUUCAACAAAUUGAGAAAACGCUGAAAAAAAUACAGGCCGAAGAAGAAAAAGUUCUAGAACAAGAGAAGUUAUUUAAGUCUUUAAAGGAUACCGAAAUACUAGAACAAAAAUUGAAAUAUAGUGAAAAGGUGGAAGAGAAAUUCCAGCAAAAGUUGGAACAAAUAAGGGCGUUAAAGUUGAAUGCGGCAAAGGCCUUGGUAACUUUUUUUGCAGUAAGAGGUCCAAAUCGAAUUUUCUAUUCAGAUAAUGUCGGCACAUAUUACGUAGACGAAUAUGGUCAUCAGUGCUACGUAUUCGAUUAUGGCCUUAAAAGUUACCACGUCAAUUGUACUGGAGACUUCGUUGACAAACAUGAGAAUGAGAAAUAUUAUUAUGAUAAUAUGGGUCGCUUCAUUAUCAAUGAAAAUGGAGAAAAACUAUAUCAAUUAGCUCCAUGUACAAGCACUUAUAGGAUCAGUAAAGAUCUAUUCUCUAAGGCUUCCAAGGAUUGUGGACAUUCGGAAGAAGUUAAAAACGAAUGCCGCAUGAAAAUUAAAGACCCACUUGCCGAAGUUAUAUUGCCUGACGUAGAACCCGUUGAUAUAAAAGGUAAACUGGACUCCAAAACAGUAAAAUAUUUAUGGGACACUUUUGGACAUGUUUUACCCGAAGUGUUGAACGACGUGGCCGAGACUCGCCCAAAGAAUCCAAUACACCACAUAUCUCAUAUGCUGCUGUCGCAAAAAUUUAAGAAAACAGAAAAUGAUUUGGCGAAGAUGAAACAAGAAGCUAUGAUGUAUCGUGAUAAAAUACAUAACGAUCGUUUACAGAAAUAUAAUCAAAAAGUAGACGCGUGGAAAGCGAAACAGGUGAAGCGUCGUAAACCGGAAGAGUCAGACGAUAGUGAAGUACAAUUCGCAUACAACGCACAUAUUAUCCAACAAGACCUCAUAAGAACUUUAGAAAACUAUUACAUUUAG